UUGCGGGUCUGCGUUCCUCCGUGUUUUUUUUUCUGAAUUCCCAUUCAGUAGGUGUGUAGCCGAGAGAAGGGAUUUUCUCAGGGUGGCCGGAGACGGCGGCGGAGGCUGCUGGAGGUCCAUGGCGCGCGGCGAGGCGGACGCAAGUAACGCGUCCACGCGGGAGAGGCACUUCCCUGCAAUGGGGAGGGGUACCAGAGAUGGUCUGGUGGGCUCGGCGGAGCUGUCCCGUCGGGCACUCCUUCAGCCAGCAGCCGUCGCAAGGGCGGGAGGUGAUAGCCGUCGUCGCCGCUCAAGCGGAAGGUGUGCAGAGUUUGCGGGUCACAGGUCAUCAUGUAGUGGGUUCGAACCCAACUACGACCCUGAUGGUGGUCUGUCGGACAGCGAUGGUCUUGAGGAUAGUAGUGCAUCGACUGAUGAUGAGAACGUGUCUAGGCAGAAAAGGUUGUUAGAGGAUGCUUUGUUUGGUUUUUUCAAGAAGGAGGCUACUAAAUCACUCAAGAGAGAUUUCUCAAAGUUUUGCCACAAUGCCAAGUUUUCAUCCCAUAAUAAAAGGCUAAAAGCACCAAGUGUGGGAAGGGAUGCAUUCAGUGUGUAUUCUGGCAAGUAUUUCUCUGAAAUUAUCAAACGCAUGCCAAUAGGACGGAAGGAUGUUAUCUCAAAAUACAGAUAUGAGUGUCUUCUAAAGUAUGAGAGAACAGAAGUCCCUUCUCCUUUUGUCAGAUGGCUUGUUGGUUGUGUCGAUACGGUGUCCUCGCAAUUAAUCAUUGUCGAUGAGAAGAUUAUAGAGCUGUCCAAACAAUCUGUCCAUCUUGUUUUGGGUUUGCCUAAGAGUGGUGUUGUAGCAAUGCCUAACAAGGAGAGUGGGAAGAAUUUCAUUCUGUCUCGGUUCAAAUUAGCAGAGCUCCCCAACGUCACUUACUUUGGCAAUUUGCUCAUGUCGUCUGAAGAGCUCAGCGAAGAAGAUACUUUCAUUUGCUUUAUGAUAGUACCUAUGUCAUGUUUCUUGUUCCCUUCUUCAAGCAAUCAGAUACACACCGAUGUCUUUUCGAUUCUAGAAGAUCCUUCUGCUACAAGGGGCUUCGAUAUGUGUUUUCUCGUCUACGAAUGGAUCCUAUCUGGCAUCAACAAGUAUGUGAUGUUGAGUAGGGAAACUGGCCGGAAACCGAAGGUCUUUGACUUUUGUGCCUACUGCCUCGCGGUCUUAUACCUUGACAAAGCUUGACUUUGGUGUACGGGUGGUCGAUCAAGGCGUCCCUAGAACUACUGCUUGGAAGGGGAAUUUGAUAAAGCACUUUUCAGAACUUGAUCGGAAGAGGAGCAACUUGUUCGGAAGGAGACAAUUCAAGAAACAUGAUGAUUCCAAAGCACAUGUUGGGGCUCGGCAUAGCAACACAAGGUCAAUGGAUGUGUCAUUAGCCUUCAAGGACAAUUUGAUGUCUACUUUCGCUAAUGUGCUACCUGUU